UGGGCGUUGAAAGUGGUGUAACCACACGAGCUGAGAAUUGCGAAAUACUCAGGAUGGAGGAGCCUUUCCAAAAUACAGGAGGUAAGUCUGCACGCCUUUCUCCCUGUCAGCGUUCGCAAGAGGGUGCCUUCAAGACAAUGACUAACGGCCCUUUCUUGUAUCCCGAAGCGUCGCUUUGGGCAGGCAUUUUGAAUGUUUCGUCGAACGAGCUCGAUAUGAAGGGCAUCAAGGUCUGA